AUGAGAAAGCCUAAUGGUCGCAAAAGAGUUGAGAUGGCAAAGAUGCAAAAGAAGAGCAACUUAGAGGUAACUUUUUCUAAACGUCGUGUUGGUCUCUUUAAGAAGGCAACUGAACUUGCUAUCCUAUGCGAAGCUAAAAUUGCCACUGUGAUUUUUUCUCCUAGCAACAAAAUUUACACAUUUGGUCACCCUUCUGUCAUUUCUAUUGUGGAUAAGUUCCUUGGACUAAAUCUUGACGAGCCUACUUAUCACAAUGGUACAGUUGGUGAGGUAAUUAAUCAGUUAAACCAGACGGAGGACAGACUUAAAGACGAGAAAAGACAUGGAGAAACACUUCAAACAACGGGGGGGAAAGCUCCAGUACUUGAAGAACUCAACUAUUUCCAACUUCAAGAACUGAGCGAGGCCCUGGAAGCCAAACAAAAGGAAGUUGAAAGAAUGGCCAACCAACAAAAGGAGAAUGGUAUUGUCUUCCCCUAUAGAACACUUGGAGCUGCAUUGGCUCUUUCAUCUGGUUCUGAGGCUGGACCAUCUGGACCUCGGGACUAG